AUGUUCAAACGCUCUUUCGUAGGCAAGGACCGGGCGGGCAAGACCGUCAAGAUUGCCAAGAAGAAAUACGACGAGCUAGUGAAGGAGAAGUUGAGUCAGAAAGUGGACAGAUCCUCAAUGGGAAGUCCUCUUACCAGCCCCAUCGUCACGAUGCUUGUUGGCCGCGAUCAGCGUCUCUUUGCCGCUCAUGAAGAUGUCCUAUCUGUGUCGCCGUUCUUCAGUGCUGCUCUGAAGGAGCAGUUCCUCGAAGACGGCGCCAAGCAAUUGACUUUGCCUGAUGAGGAACCCGAGAUCCUAUCGUGUAUACUCGAGUAUUUGUACAAGGGUGACUACUACCCCCGCUUGUUGCUUAAGCACAGGUCCUCUUGGACACUCGAGGAUGCCCGCGAUAUCAAUGAAGGCGGUGGUCGUGGGUCGAGCGAGCCAACAAUCCUCCACCCGGGCGUGGGAGAUCUCAUUCUCCGAGAUACGGUGGUGUACUGUGCUGCCGAGAAGUACGGCUUGGAAGAGCUCAAGCGCCUUGCCCUUCGGAAGCAGGGUCUACAGAGCGGAAUCUCAGCCGACGUGAUUUUGCGGUCUGCUCGAUAUGCAUAUGACAACACCCCGGAUUCUGAUUCUCGACUACGCGCUCAUUAUCUGGCUCUCAUCAUCCGCUGUCGUAAGACUUUCAAGAGCAGUGGAACCUUGCAGAUGGAGAUGGAGGAGGGGGGCAAAUUGUUUUUCGAUCUCUUUGUGGCAAUGUGCAACCACAUGGACGAUCUCUCGGAGCUGCGCGUCAAGCGAUCGCCGAGAUUCUUCUAA